UUUGCUUCAGUUUUUAUAGAAAAUCGAACAACAAAAUUAGUAUACUAGAACUAGAAAUUCCCGUGACAACCAUGUUUGAUGUUACCAAAUAUUUUCCACGAUCGAUCGACUCGGAGCACCCAUCCCAGUCAGGGGCGAGCGAGCCUACGCCACCGGAUAAUCCCAUUACCCACGAAAUGGUUCAUAACCUGACGGACGAUGCCUUGAAUAUCGAUGCAGAAGAUGUCCCAGAUGAUCCCACGGGAAGCAUCAGGUCUCUCUGUCCCACUGAACAAGAAAGCCCAAGGUCUUCCUCCUCAGCACCCCAACUGAUGAUUAUUUAUGAGGACGGGGACAUCAACAGCGCCCUGCAUUUCCUAAUCGAAUCGGCUCACAAUCCCUUCAAGCCGAAUAUAGUGGCCAUGGUCCUGGUUGAGGAGAAACUCCGCGAAGAGAUCGUGCGGCGCAUCCUUCCGAAAUUACAGCCGCUCAACGAGGUGGUAACCGAGCAUCCCAGUUUCCUAGAGUCCCUGGAGAAGGCCAAGGCCUUGAAUUUGGAGCUAAUCAAGGCUGCCGACACCGACAUGGCACCACUGCAGUCUUCCCCGGUUUUCGUCUGCGAAUGCACCCACGCCGAUCUAGGGAGCUAUCCCACUGGGGUUACCACCUUUCACACCUUUCGCAACAACCUGGAGGCCAUCGAAAUAUGCCACAGAGAGGCCCUGACCUUUGACUCCGUCUCCGUUUGGAACGAAAGCCUGGAUAGCUGCUAUGAGAUUGUGGUGGCCCUCGAUUGUAGUCACUUCUUCCUGAACUGCAUUCAUGUGCCGCUCUUGCCGAUUUCCAAGCAGCUUUCAACUCGGCAAAACUACGUGGCCGUUGUGAAUGGCUAUCAUUUCGAAACAUUGCACAUCUACAGUCAGUUCAAGUCUAUUGUUUUCCCCAUUGGAGAGCUAAAUUGGCCCAGUCUAGAUAGUGAGGAGGCCAAGCCAUCGCCCAUCUUCUUCUUGAACCCUUAAGAGUCCGAUUUGCUUCCUCCUCAAAACACAAAAUAUAAAUCGAAGUCCCCAGCCAGGAGUAUUAUUCGUAAAGUA